CGGUGGGAACCCUAACCGCCAUUACCAUCUCGCGCAGAAACCAGAGAAGAAAAUACAAAUUUGAGAAACCCUCCUCUGAUUGGCGCGAUGAGUUCCCUUUGAUCACUGGGCUGAUAACUAAUUUCGGGAACUUUUCUAAUAUAUAUCGGGCAAUUGAAUCUUUCAGCAAAUUCUUCACUCAAACUCUAAAUCGAAAGAUUAGCAGCUGAAUCUGAUGGAUUCGAAACCCGUUAGCGAUAAAGCUGCCGCCCCAAGGAAGGUGAGGUUUGCACCUAAGGCUCCUCCAGUUCGAAAGCCAAAACCUGCUGUUGUCAAGACAGAAGCUAGAGAUGACGAUGACGAUGAGGCGAAGGCCAAGGAUUUGCUCCGGCACUUCAAUGAAGGUAUCUUGAAGGAGAAGCCCAAAAUUGAGAGAAAAGUGGCUCCGUCGCAAAUUGCAUUUGGUUAUGGAGGGACUUCAGCUUCGUUAAAGUCAUAUCAUGUUCAAAAGGAUCAAAACAAUGUUAACUCAUAUCAAGGUACUUCCAGUGGUCCAGGCCUGAGAGGGAUGAAAGAAUACAGAGAACCAUGGGACUAUUACAGUUACUAUCCUGUAACUCUUCCUCUAAGGAGACCAUAUUCAGGAAAUCCAGAACUUCUUGAUGAAGAGGAGUUUGGGGAGGCCCCCAGCAGUGUGACUUACAAUGAAAAUAUACUAAACACAGCCAUGGAACUUGACCUAAUGGUUAGUAUUUUUGUAAGUAAAAAUCAAAUGGGAUGUGAACUAAUUGAAACUAAGGAAAAUGCCAUAACACAUGUAGGACAGUCAGCAUGAUGGAAGUUCGGAACCUAGUAUGUUCUUUAUUCAGUUACCUCCAACAGUCCCAAUGGCAAAGCGUUUGACAACUGCAGAAGGGAACGAGACAACUGAAAGGUCAACAUCCUCCAAUGUUUUGGGUUCCUUGGAGAAAAGCUGCAGUUUAGAUGAGUUGCCUGCAGGGUUGAUGGGUAAAAUGCUGGUGUAUAGAAGUGGUGCUGUCAAGCUCAAGCUUGGUGAUACUCUCUAUGAUGUGUCCUCGGGUUUGGAUUGCGUGUUUGCUCAGGAUGUCGUAGCCAUCAACAGAGCAGAGAAGCACUUUGUGUUGUUGGGGAGCUCAAUAAGCGCGCCAUUCUGACUCCAGAUGUGGACUCGGUGUUAGAAAGCAUGAGUGAAUUAUGACUAUUUUUCCUUCAUUCAGGUACAUUUUUC